GUUGCUGGUACAGCUGUAGAGUCAGCAGCUGUGGCAGGGGAGGAAGCGGGUGGCCCAGUUGCUAGGCUACCAGAUAAGGAGCCCUCUCCCAAGGCUAUCCACCCGCCUACACACAUACCCUGCCCACAAACACAUCACCACAGGGAGGGAACCCCCCUCCCUUGCCCUACCCCCCAGGCCUUUUUAAGGAGCGGGAGAGGCGCUGCUCGGUAGGGCCACUGCUGGUCCAUGGGGACGAGGUUGCUGCCGUGUCCAGUUCACUCACCAUGGAUCUCUGCCUGGCGGUCUACAACGCCGCCCGGGAAGGGAAGGUGAGACUCCUCGAAAAGCUCCUGGGCAGCCAGAGCCGGGAGCUGCUGGAGGUGCUGAUGGCUGGACCCACCAGUGGGGAAGCUGCCGGAGGCACUCCGCUGCUGAUUGCCUCCCGCUACGGUCACUGGCAGGUGGUGGAGUACCUGGUGGAUCGCUGCCAUGCCCGGGUGGAUGCGAGUGGCUCAGUCGACUUCGACGGGGAGACCAUUGAGGGUGCUCCCCCGCUGUGGGCUGCCUCGGCUGCCGGCCAUAUGUCCGUUGUCCGCAGCCUGAUGAAGCGGGGAGCCUGUGUGAACCAGACGACAAGGACCAACUCCACCCCGCUGCGUGCAGCCUGCUUUGACGGGCACCUGGAAAUUGUGCGCUACUUGGUCGGGGAGAAGGGUGCCGAUCUGGAGGUGGCCAACCGUCACGGGCACACCUGCCUGAUGAUUUCUUGCUACAAAGGGCACUCGGAGAUUGCCCGGUACCUGCUGGAGAGGGGGGCAAAUGUGAACCGCCGCAGCGUCAAAGGCAACACAGCCCUGCACGAUUGUGCCGAGUCCGGCAGCUUAGAUAUCAUGCAGCUGCUGCUUCAAUCCAAAGCACGGAUGGAGAAGGACAGCUACGGGAUGACCCCGCUGCUGGCUGCCAGUGUGACCGGCCACACUAAUAUUGUGGAAUUCCUGAUCAAGGCGGCGUUGGAGGAGCCGGCAGCCAGAGACGAUGGAAAGCAGGAAGCAGGCAAGACAGGGAGCAAGCAAGACAGAAAUCAAGGAGCAGUAAUCCGUAAGCAAGGCUCAGCCGCUGCUGAACUUACGGUUCCCUGCACCAGACAGGCGGCGGUGGAAGCACUAGAGCUUCUGGGAGCCACCUUUGUGGACAAGAAGCAUGACCUCCUCGGGGCUCUCAAAUACUGGCGGAGGGCCAUGGCUCUCCGUUACAAGGAUGGACAAUACCUCUCCAAGGGAGAGCCUCCGAAGGUGGUGCUGGCUUAUGAUUACACCCGAGAGGUGAGCACCAUGGAAGAGCUGAACUCCUUGAUGACCGAGCCAGAUGAAAUGCGAAUGCAGGCGCUGCUGAUUCGGGAGCGUAUCCUCGGCCCGUCCCAUCCAGAUACCUCAUAUUACAUCCGUUAUCGGGGGGCCGUCUACGCUGACGCAGGCAACUUUGCACGCUGCAUCAGGCUCUGGAAGUACGCCCUGGAGAUGCAGCAGAAAAACCUGGAGCCCCUGAGCCCCAUGACAGCAAGCAGCUUCCUGUCUUUCGCCGAGCUCUUUUCCUACGUGCUGCAGGACUGCACAAAGGCCAUCCUGGCCACCCAGCUGGGCUUCUCCGACCUCAUGCUGGUGCUGUGCAAAGGCGUCCGUGAGAUCGAAAGAGCCCUGCUGCAGCAGAAGGACCCCGUGGCCGAUUGUGCCCAGUUCACCAAAGCCAUGACCAUCCUCCUGCACCUGAUCUUUCUCAUGCAGAAAGUGGAGGGCACCACGGAACAGGAGCACCAGAAGCGCCAAGCCAUCUACUGCUGGCUGAAGUGCAACCCCCGGGGCAGGAAUGGCUUCACCCCUUUGCACAUGGCGGUGGACAAGGACACCACCACAGUUGGCCGCUACCCACUGGGGAAGUUCCCCUCCCUCCAUGUGACCAGCCUGCUUCUGGAGUGUGGGGCCGACCCCGACUGUCGCGAUUAUGACAACAACACCCCACUGCAUGUGGCCGCCUCCAACAACUCUCCUGCCAUCAUGACCGCCCUCAUAGAGGCAGGGGCCCACGUAGACACCACCAAUGCCUUCGGACAGACGGCCCAUGAGCUCCUGGACAAGAAGGUCGUCAUGAAGUCCACAAUGCAGCCAUUUAACUACGUCACCUUACAGUGCCUUGCUGCCCGAGCUGUGGGAAAGCACAAGAUACCGUACAAGAGAAUCCUCCCAAAUGAGCUGGUGGCCUUCAUUGAGCUCCACUAGAGGAGGGAGCCCCCGCAGUCCUCUUCCUGCAUCUCUGAUGGGGGACGCUGGGCAGGUGGGGGGCAGCUUGCCGGCUUCCCGUGAUUUGCAUCUUAAAUGCUUUCAUUUGCACUAGGACAGGCUAGACAGUCUCCCUCCCUUUUUCCACUGCAGUGUUUAAAUGUCCAUAGUUGUUCUUUGCUCAGCCCUGGACAGGCACCAGCACUUGGCACAGCAGUGGGAUCCACUGCCAAUGCCCACACUGACCCCACCCCCCUUAUUUUAGUGGCCUGGCACAGUGAGCCAUGCCAGGCAGCUGGACUGAGCCAUGUUGCGUUUUCUGUGAGGUCCCCAACCCAGUCCUGGACUGACCCCUAGGCUGCAGGGUUCUUUGCCAAGAGGCACUGAAAGUCGGGGCAGACAGGCUGGGAGACGGGUCACAAGUGCUGCUGACCCCCUGCCGACUCUUUCUUUGUACACACUUGCACUCACACUCACUGUGCAGAUAGAUUUGCUCACUGAAACACAGCCUGCCUUACCAGCUUUCGAGUUACUGAGCUUUCACCCUCCUUCCCACUCCUUGAAAAUAGGGAAGUAGAAGUCAGAAUUUUAGGCAGUCCCUACAGUCUUACAGGUGUUUUUUCUGUAACAGUGUUUUUUUGACUUAGCUCUGUAGUCAGCCAAGAGAAAAAGUUGUCCGUUUCUCUGCCGGAAGUUAUUUGCAGUUUGCACGCUUGAACCAAGCCACGUGUGGUGUCGAUUGUAUUCUGGGUUUGAUUUCUUGUUUUGAAUGGUCUCACAUCUUAGCAUCUGUUAAGAUUUUGCUGCUUGUUUUAAAGACUGGCGGUUGGUGGUGGUGGUUUUUUUUUUCUUUCCAUUCGGAUAACUGCACUUUUCACCCAACCAGGGAGUCAGAAAAUCCCCCAAAUUCUGAAAUCAGGUUUAGGAUCCUCUCAGCCCCUUUCCCUCUGGUAACAAGAGAAUGGGUAGCGUCCUUGGAGCUAAAAGAAUAGCAGGGAAUCAUUUGGGAGAUCGGGGUCAUGGUAUCUUCCAGAACACCUGGGAUAUGGGUUUUCCAACUGGUUGCAGAUAAUUCUUUGCAUUGCUCAGGGUGGCAACUAGUGGUCUGGUGGAGAUUUUCACUCCAUAGAGUCCUCUGAAAGUGCCUGAGAAAAGAUAAUUUUUUGGCCAGCUUGGUCCCUUAAUAGCUGUCUUAGUCCUCCAAAGUUCUAAACGUGAUGGUUUGGUCUCUGCAGCAGACAUUAACCCAUUCAGCACUCCACUAAAAGGGCAAAUAAGCUUUUUAAACAAGCAACCCCAUUUAGCAUUGCAGGGCAUUGAUGUAGCAAUUUUGAACACAACAUUUAAUCCCCCCCUUUUUUUUGCUGCCGAACACCACAGCGACCCACUCCAAUCAAGUUGCAGAACAAAGCGGGGGAAGCUCAUUUCAAGGUCCAGGACACAGAAAGCGCAUCCCUGGAAGUGAAGGUUGUGUUGUGUGUGCGGUCUCUGUUCUCUCGGCGAGAAGUCAGGGCAUGGGGGAGACACAGACUGGCCGGAGGCUCCCUGGAAUGGAUCAUCCCCAGGCUCGGUUUUACUCAUCCAGGCUGCACGGCAGCAUAAGCGCUCAGUAAAACCGGCUUGGCAGGAGCAGAUGCGCCGAUGCCGUUCCCCGCACUGCAGUGUGUGAAGUUAGCUGUGAAGAAGGAGGGCUGCACCCACCGGCACAGUGGGCUUGGGCUUGCCCCACUUUGUGGGCAGAAGUACCCAUAGCCAUUCAGCUGGAGGUCUCCGUUGGAGCGAGCCCCCCUUUUAAAGCCCCUUACUCAGUCCUGCAAAGGGGAAACAGUGGAGGGCAUUCCUUCGUUAGACCUUUCAGCUGUAAUUUAAAAGGGAAGAAGGGGGUGUAGUUUUAGGGGGUGGGUGAAAGAAUACGCAAGAUUUUCUAUGGGCCAGAUCCAUACUUGGUUGCAAGCCCAAUCUGCCCGAGAGGAGAGGUACGUUGGCCCUGCAGCAGCCAGUUGCAACUGCUCCCAGCCUGGAACAGACCUGGAUGCCUGGCACUCUCGGCGGAGGUGCUUUGCUGCUUGUACAUCCAGCCCCCAAACCGGCUGGCAUUUCCUACAUGGUCUUUGGGCCAUCAUGGUCCCAAGGAUCACGAGUAUUUGCUUGUUAUGGGGGUAAAAUGAAGCAGGGGAGGAGGGCAGCAGUGCUGCGACAUUCGCGACAGAUCGUUUCCUCACUUGAGCGAUUUUGCAGCCACCGCCUGAAUUGCAUCCAGGGACUCUUCCUUGCGUGGGAUUCAGGCAAAGUGGGGUGAAUUCCCUGUGUGCAGCCUGCUGUCCUCCACUGCUCCAGGUGUAGAUACCCAGGACGUCCCCGUUAUCUCCUUGAAACCCAUCUUAGUUCUUUGUCCUUUUGGAGCUCAGGUGACAUAGUGGUGCUUGCAGGCAGAUCGUGCCAAAGGACAUCACACUGCCGCUGCCUUGGCCACUGAACGUGGAAAUCCCGUUGGCUUUAAAUUCGACACUGCUCCAAAGGGCUGUGGUUCGGGGUUGAGGAUGUUACCCCAGAUCACCAGGGGGAAGGUGGCAGGAGGGGAAAUGACCCCAACCACUCGUUUCUCUUCCCAUUCCCAAGGCUCUUCUUUGAAUGCCCUUGUCGCCAUGGGCUUUUCUGCUUGGGCCAGCACUUCCCAAAUGUGCCAUUCAACUUCAGUUCCCAUCAGCCCCAGUAGUCAGAAAUGGUGGUCAGGAAUUCUGGGAGUUGCAGUCUGCAGCAUCUGGGGGGCAACAGGUUGGAGAAGCUGGCCCGGGACAACAGCUGUGAACCCCAAACCACAAUUUGCAUGUUUUCUUUCUCCUGGAUGGCUUUGUAGGGGCACCACUGCCUCACUCCUGCAGCGUUAGGCGCAAAUGAUUAUUUGAGAGCUUGAUUUACUGUGAGGAAGGGCUGCAGGAGAUUCUUUUUGUUUUGUGCUUUUCUGUGUGUGUGUGUGUGUGUGUGUGUGUGUGUGUGUGUGUGUGUGUUGGCCUCGUUCUCGGGGUAAAGGAAAGAGUUAAGUUAGAGUGAUUGGGUUAAAGUGUCAAACUUGCAAAAGCAGAAUGCCUUUAACUUGUGAGCUUGUGCUCCUGAUUUGAAUGAAUAAAGGGACACUUUAAAAAAUAAAAAUAAAACACAAACCUUCUCAGUGUCUUAUUAUUACAUGGGGAGUCCUGGUGGUACAUUUGCUUCAUUUCAUCAGCCCUCCCCAAUUUGCUUCCCUCCAGAGGUUGGGCUGCAACUCCAGCGGCCAUGAUGGGAGUUGAAGUCCAGGAUGUCUGGCAGGAAACCAGAUUAGGAAAGGCUGCCUUGGAGGAACGGUGUUUCCUUUGCAGGAGAAGGAAACAAACCCUGCACUUUAGCAGAUCAUCAUGUCCUCAGGAAAGCAGAUUACAAGCAGAAUUGCUCUGCAGGAUCAGAUUAAAACACAUUUAGUGCUGUGUCCCUGGCCAGGGCACCCAGAGACAUACUUACCGGCUAGGCAAUCACCCUUUCUUAAGUGUUGCCUGUGGCAUCUGGGAUGUUGAGGUGGGCAUUACAGCCGUCAAUAAACUUUCCUUCCAUCAAUGUAAUCCUUUCAGAAAGAAAUCCC